AUGAACUCCCUCCACCUUCAAGAAGUGGACUCCCUCGAGGCCAUCGUCAUCAUCGAUAAUGAGCUUGAUCCAAUAUCCCCGCCGGCACCUAAUACCGUCCAGGUUGCCGGAAAUCUAGGCACUAUCGGAAUGAACUCGAUGCAUAAACUGACCGAUCGCGGUAGUGCUUGCAAAGAGUUGCGGAUGGAGGAUAUCUGUUGUUCUGCACAUGGAUUGUCUAUCUUGGUGACUGCAACCAAAGGAGAUCAAAAGCAUGCCGUGCUCUUCGAUGCUGGUCCUGAAGAGGAUGCGUGGGAGAGGAAUGUGAAGCGAUUACGGCCGGAUCUGGCUUCGGUCGAGGUGAUUCAGUUAUCGCAUUGGCAUCGAGAUCACUCAGGUGGUCUUGGUCGAGCUAUUCGCAUGAUUAAAGACGCUAAACAAAGCAGUAGACGCUCAGAUGAUCUGGUAGUGGACCUACACCCAGAUCGACCAGUGUAUCGUGGUAUCGCUCUGCCCGAACAUAUCAUAUCUCUCGAGGCUGAUCCCACCUUUGACGAGCUAACCGACGCUGGUGCCGUCGUGAGCAAGUCAAGUGAAGCACACACAAUCCUCGACGACAUGUUUUUGAUCUCUGGAGAAAUUCCACGACUCACGCCAUACGAGACCGGUCUUAAAAAUGCAGUGCGGUAUGAUCCCGAGGAAAACGACUGGUUCUCAGAUGAACUUAUCACAGACGAACGCUUCCUCGCCUGUAACAUCAAAGGAAAAGGAAUAGUCGUCUUCACAGGCUGCAGCCACGCCGGCGUCGUCAACACCACAAAGAACGCCCUCGAACUCAUCGGUACCGAUGUCCCCCUCCACGCAGUAGUCGGUGGCUUCCAUCUUGCCAUGAGCGACGAUGCACAGGUUCAGAGUACUGUGUCAGACCUGAAACGCCUUGAUCCUGCGGUGCUCAUGCCGGGACACUGCUCGGGUUGGCGGGCUAAAUUUGCGAUCGAGAAACACAUGCCUGGUACAUUGGUUCCCUGUACCGUGGGCAUUAAGAUUACUUUCUAG